UUUCAAAUUGUCAUCAUGCCUUAAAGAACACAUGAGAAUCCAUAAUGGAGUGAGGCCAUUCACAUGUGAUCAGUGUGGAAGUUUACACACAAAUCAAGCCUUAAAGAACACUUUAGGGUUCACACCGGAGAGAAGCCAUUCAUGUGUGCUCACUGUGAAAAGAGAUUCUCAGACAAAACAAAUCUGGUCAUUCACAUGAGAGUUCACACCGGAGAGGAGCUGUUUAUGUGUGAUCAGUGUAAGAAGAGAUUCUCAAAGAAAAAGAAACUUGAGCUCCAUAUGAAGAUCCACACUGGAGAGAAGCCAUUCACGUGUGAUCAGUGUGGCAAGGGUUUCACGCUAUCAGCAUACCUUAAAGUACACAUGAAGAUCCACACUGGAGAGAAGCCAUUCACAUGUGGUCAAUGCGGAAAGAGUUUCACACAAUUGUCAAACCUUAAUGUUCACAUGAAGAUGCACACUGGAGAAAAGGCAUUCAAGUGUGAUCAGUGUGGAAAAACUUUUCUUCCAGCAUCAAACCUGAAGAUGCACCUGAAAGUUCAUACAAAGGAGAAGCCACAUUCAUGUUCUGUAUGUGGAAAGAGUUUCUCACUGCUGCAAGAUUUAAAAUCACAUCAGAAAAUACAUACUGGUGUGAGAAAUCAUAUGUGCUUUGAGUGUGAUAAAACUUUUAUUUCAGCAAGCCUUUUAAAACGUCACCAGACAGUUCACACUGGAGAAAAACCUCACAAGUGUUCAUAUUGCGACAAAAGAUUCAGUCUGUCAAAUCUGAAAACACAUGAGAGGAUCCACAGCAGAGAGAAGCCGCACACGUGUGAUCAGUGUGGAAAGAGUUUCGCUAUUAAAAGUCACCUGAAGCUACACACGAGGAUCCAUGCAGUGGAGAAACCAGAUCACCGGAAUCUGAGGUUACAGUAAGUAGAGAGAAGUCUCUUCGUGGUAAGGUAUUUACAGCCAAAUCAACAAGUAGUGGAAGUUUCCUGUUAUAACUGGGCUG